UCAACACAAGAACACAACAGCACCUUUUGACUAGCUCUCGCCUUGUCCAUUUGACUAAAAAUUACCACCUCAUAGCGGUUCGAGGACGAGCACUUUGCAUUUAACCGCGGGUGUAACUCAUCAUUCCUCGAACAAUAUGAUGGAAGCCAAUAAUAUUCUUCGUCAGGGCUCUUGGGCUGCAAACAUCGAAACAGUGAUGUGGUUCGAGUUUUUGCUAGACCCAAAAUCAUUGAAAGAGCACUUGGAAAAAGCAAGACCAGAUCCAACACCAACUGAGUUGAUCGUGAAAUUGAUGGACAAAAUAACAUCGGAAACAGCUGCAGCGGAAAAGGCGCCACCCACUCCAGCCUACGAAAACCUCGACGACAAGCCAGUGGACACUCCCAAGCCUAAUAACUCUGCAACUAAAAAGAAAUUGGCGCUAAAGGUCAUGUGUUUGAAAAUAGCUGCUUUCCUUAAGUGGAAUUUGGAUAUUAUUGAGCAGAAAAUUCCACUAGAAACGCAACACACAUUGCUCCAAGACCUGCUAAUCAUCAGCAGGGAGCAAAAAGAGCUGUCUGAGUGUGCGAACGAAAUCAAUCUGCAGUCUUGCAGUCCGCAGGAGUUGUUCUCAGUGUUGCUGUAUCACCGAUGGGUACUUCGAGCGGUUUCAAGAGCCAGAAUGUCUGCAAAACAACCGCGUUCUUUCUCUUCCCUAAGUGCAAUGACAGCUAUGAAACUAGAAGAUCGGCUGGUAACCAUUGAGCAGCAAGUGCCGCAAUCAAUUGCAAUUCUGAAACAAAUAAGCACAACUCAGGACGUGUCUCUCAAUGUCCCUGUUUAUGAAACGUUUGAGCCACUUACCGAGGACAAUGAAGACCUUAAUCAGCAAUGGGACACCUGCUUGAAAGCCUCUGAGCAGGAAGUGCAUUGUCAGAUCCACUUUGAUCUGGCUGCUUUCUACUUCUCAAGGGAACAGUACAAAGAAGCAAGGGAGCACAUUUGGAAGGCGGCACAGAUAAACGCAAAGCUGCCCAAGGUGAAGGUAUACUGCGAUAUCCAUGAGCAGACCUUACAGGGCUAUUGCAGAGCACUCGGCAUCAGUAAACAGGAGGAGCAAGACCUAUUUGUCCAAUUUCUCACCUGCAAGUCAAAUCACUUCACUGGCAUUGUUAAUAUCCUCCAAAGAGACAACAUUACGAGGGAAAUUCCCAUCAACUACAGGGAUGACCUUGAACUGGAAAUCCAGGCUGCUUCAAGUAGUGGUGAUUUCUUUGUAGCGAGAGACUUGCUUCUGCAUGUACACAUUUUGAACGCAGUACGAAGAGCUCUGGAUUCUAAAGCAAGCACUAUCAGCAUCGCCACAAAACUGAAGCAGAGCAACAACAAAGGCAACGACAAGCUGAUCUCAGCAUUGAAAGCAGUAUUGCCACACUGUGAUGAAAAAUUGAAAACAAACCUCCGCAUGUUCCUCUUGGACCUUUUUGAGGCCGGAGUUCCAAAAUUGAAUCAGUCAAUUUUGUCAAUUCCAGAGUUGAGCGAAAUAUUUUCUGAGCAACAAAUUCAGCACUACAAAAACAAGCUACAGAAAAAGGCGCACAACCUGAGCCCGUGCUGGCACAACAUGCCGGACACAAUAAGUAAUUUUAAUAGGAGGAAAUUGCAUGGAAAUCCAAAACUUCAAAAAGGUAUGCUUGAGCAAAAACUGAUCCAAAGCACGGAACCAAGUGAAAUCAAGAAUUUGAUUAAGUCUCUGAAUGCCGGUGGGCCAAUGAAAGCGCCUUCAAAGCUGAACUCAAAGUGGGAACUGCCUAUUCCGGUUCAUUCUGCCGUGAUGGGAUUGCAAAAAGGCGUGCUGCAAGACUUGAUUUUUAUCCUUCUGGCAAAAUCCAGAGAUCUCUCUCUGUCAGGAGAUUUUGAGAGAGCCCGCAAAUUGCUUAAAGCCGUAGAGGAAGAGUUACGCACCCUCUCUGGGAACUCCAAACUCGGCAAACUGGUAAACUGGGAGUUGCUCCUCGUCUCUAUCAUGCAGUUCUUGAAAUCCUGGCCUGUUCUUCCUCCAUCGGCCGAGCCAAUUGACAUGAAAAAUAAAGAAAACCAAGAACUUGCCUCGCAAUGCAAAGGGUGUUUGAGUAGCCUGAAGAUUGGGGAGUCAAUGAUCCCACGCUCAGAAGUGUUGGAGCACUGCGCUCUCGCACUUCUGAACCUUGGAGAAUGGGAAUAUCUGAGCAACAUUGACAAACGCUUCCUCUACUUUGAAAUGCCAGGCGCCUUUUCGUAUGCCUGCUUGGAAAUUACGAAUCACAGAAGCAUGAAGAAAAUUUCCACAAAAGACGCUUGGGAGCAGAUUCUGACUGUGUUUAGUUCUGGAGGAGUGAAGCGGACUUCAACGGGUCAGCCAAUUGGUUUGAGGGAGUCACCAGGACUGGCUGCUGUGCAGAGUAGGGCCCAGUUCCAGCAGUUCCUCUCCAGAUUGAGGGAACCGACCACAAUUUCAGUCGCCGUUUCCAUUUUGGCUAGACUGUACAACGUGUUGAAGGAUGAGCAAACCUUAGAGUUGAAUGUUGAAUAUACGACGAUUUGGCCAGCUGUUGUCACCAACUCAAAUGCAUUUAACAGCAGAGUCGUUGGAGAAGUUUUGUCUGAACUUCUCCAUCAAGCUCUUAAAUACUACCCUGACAAUGUCUCUUGGCUCAAGGUUCUUGGCGACAUCAAUUAUGCCAAUGGAUUCUUUGCCAGCGCAUUGAAAAAUUAUUUGCAAGCAUGCAUUGCAGUCAGUGGAUUUUUCAGCCGGGCUGUGCCAAAAAACAAAAUCAACGAUCAGGUUUACAUUCGGAUGAUCAAGUGCUGCACCCAGCUUCGUUGUCACACGCAAGCUGCCGUCCUCUGUCAGUUCUUGGAUGACGUUGACUACGCCACUGCCUUCAAGAGUUUGCAUGAGAAAAAUUGCGCAGACGCUAUGGACGCUUACUACCACUGCAUUUGGGAUUUGACCAUUGUAGAAUUCUUGGUGCAUCUGCACCAUAAGAAUAAGGAACAGGAACGAAAACAAAUAGCUAUCAAGUUGGCCAGUCAAAUGGAAAUGAACAGUAGCAACAACGAGGGCAUUAAAAUGGAGGUGGCCAGAGUGAAAAAAAGCUGCUUUUUGAGAACAAUGGCGCAACAGUAUGUUUGCUCUUGAAAAUAAAGCUAGUUUUAAUACUUAAUAAAA